UAUCUGUAUUAUUAAUUCUACUAAAUAUUUAGAAAAUAGAAUAUACAAAUAAUAUAUAUAACAAUUAAUAUAUAAUAUAACUAACAUAACGCCCAAGUCAAAGAACUGUCGUUUCCAAACAGAAUGGCUUUACAAUAAAAAGUAUUCUUCUUGGGUAAAAUUAUGUUUUUCAAAGAAAGCAAGAUGUAAUUGGUGUCAAAAAAUAUUAAUAUUUCUAACAUGAGAGUAUCUGCAUUAAAUUCUCGUGCAAUCGGUAAAAAGCAUAAAGAGCAUGCAAGAACACAUAAUGCAGCUGAUAUGUUCUUUACUGAUUUUACUACAGAAAUAUCUGGCAAUAACUGCUUUUGUUAACUUACAAGAACAUUUUCCUAAUUCAAAAAAUGUUUUAAAUGACAAACUGGCACAACCUACUAUAGAGGAUCUUCAAUCUCCAGCUCUGGUUACUAAGGCUGAAAUAAUAAGGAACUUGAAUGUUGUAAUGUCACAUUUUUCAUUAAGAUUGUGCUUAAAUUUAAAUGAAAUAUUUAAAUCUAUGUUCUCUGAUAUUACAAUAGCAUCAGAGUUUGCAUUAAGCAAAACAAAAUGUGGCUACCUCAUAAAUUUUGGUUUAGCACCAUACUAUCGAGAGCAACUUAUAUCUGCAAUCAGAGCAUCACUCAUUUUUGUUUUGUCAUAUAAUGAGAGUAUGAAUGUAAUCUUUAAAAAUGAACAAAUGGACUGUGGAGUUAGAAACUGGGGUUCAAAUUCUGGUGUUGUAAAAGCUAGAUAUAUUGAUUCUUAGUUCCUCAGAUGCCCUAAUUCACAGAAUUUAUUUGACAAACUCAUUGAAGCAACAAAGAUCUUGGAAAACUAGCUUAAGUAUCAAUGGAUGGUCCUAUAAAAAAUGAUAAUAAAUUAUCUUAUCUUUUAUAUUUAUAUAUAAGUUAAGGGCAUUUCAGCAUUUUAAUUUUUGGAUUUUAUUGUUUCACAGUUUCUACGCAACUUGCUGGGUAGAAGAUGAAGGUGUGGCUUCUAGAGGCAUUAUUAUAUGGCCAAAUAUGGUUAAAAUUAUAAAAUAUUGGGAAUCACUAUGCAAAAGCAGACGUCCUGAAAAUAAGAUCUAUGAAGUUCUGGUAGAUCAUCAUCUUCACAAUUUUGUACAUUUGCGAAUGCAGUUUUUUUAAGAACUUGCUAAAAAAUUGAAAGGAUUUUUAAUUCUAUUUCAAACAGACACACCUGCGGUUGCAUUUUUAUCUAACAGUUUAGAAAGCAUGUUGGGAAGUUAGAUGAAAAUGAUUCCCAAACCAAACAUUUUAAAUGAAGCUGCAAUUGCAUAUAGUUUUAUAAAGAUUGAAGUAGGUAAA